AAGAUUAAAUAAUCAAUAAUUAUAGAGCAUUAUUGUGAAUAAAAGAUAAAAUAAAUUGAUCUUUCCAACUCAUUGAAUAAAUUUUUUUUAAAUAAAAAGCAAGAAAGAUCAUAUCAAGCUAUCGAAUCGACAGAUGGUAAUUCUAGAAUGAUUCAUAUUAGUAAAUUCUAAGUGUAUUCACUGAAUGUCAUAUGUCAGUUAUAAGUUUUUUGCCCAUUUUUAGAUGUUUUAUAAUAAAGGCUUGAUAAAAUCGAAAAGCAGUUACAAAUGAUUUUUCAUAAUGAAUCGAUCUAAUCAAUUACCGAACUUGGAAAAAUUAUUUAAGGAUGAUGACGAACAGGAUUUUGUUCCUCUUGGCGGAUCAAAUUUAGCUGCAAUCUUUGGGACGUCUAAAAAAUCUGAAGAGCCAAAUACUUCUGUAAAAGCUAACAAAAAGUUAAAUGCUCCAAAAAAUACUUCUCAGUCUGCUUCAUCUUCAAGUCAAACAGAAGUAAUAUUAGCGAAAGCUGUUCAUGUUUAUAAAUUACAAAAUGGACAAUAUAAACUUAUAGGAAAAGUUGGACUUGCAUUGACAGCAAAUGUUUCUUCAAAAAGUUAUUUAUUAAUAUUAUACAAAAACAAUAGAGAACAUAUUUCGGUUCUAACUUUAACGAGUGACUUUAAAUUUUCAAUUCAAGAAAAUAAUUAUGUCAGUUAUUAUGAUGGCUAUAAUGAUAAUUGGUCUAUUUUAUUUGACAGUAGUGAGAGCUCCAUUGAUUUUGCAAGAGAAGUUGGUGUGUCAAAAUAUUUUUUGCAGCAGGAAAACAAUAAUGAUUCAAUAUUUUAUCAAGAUUUAACUGUCUCAAGUAAAGAACAUGAAGCUAAAGAAGGCGACAGUAUUCAUUUGAAAUACUCCAUUAUUACGCAUAUCACUCAGCCAUUAAAAGUAUCUGUAAUUCCUGUUCAAGACAUGAUUGUUCAAAUUUCAACAGAUGACAAUUGGGAGCGCUCUCUUUUAGGCGUAACUAAAGGUUUAAAAAGGAUUUUAUUUUUACCCCCAAGUAAACAAAUAAGUUUAGGUCCCGGAUUUCCAAGAGAAAGAAAUAUAGCUCUUGAAAUAGAGAUUAUAGAUAUUGUACCACUUGAUGUUAAAAAAAGUCCAACGUCAAGAUCAGGUGGGAAAGCUUCUUUGAUAUCUAGAAUGGCCAAAAUGGGCCAAUCAAUACUUCCUCAAAAACCAAUGUCAACGACAACUGAUUCCGAGGAUACAGAAGAAGAACCUCAUGUCAAAUCACCACGACGGGUCAAAAACUCUUCAUCAGAAGCUUCUCCAAAAGCUUCUACAGAUGUACAUACUUCUUCUUCGGAGUCUCAUGAAAGCUCAAUUAAAGUGCCUACUAAUGUUGCUUUACCGCGUACAUUUAUUCCUUCAUCAGCGAAUCCUAGUCCACACGGUACUCUUGUUCCGGCUGGAACAUUUACACCUCCAUGGCCAGCAGCUCCAAUUCCACAACAGUACAUGUCAACAUCAGAUGGUCAAUUAUAUUCCUUUCCAGCUACUGUACAACCUGCCAUAGAUCCAAAUGUAAAUGUUUUUCUCGCAGAAACUCGUACGCACAAUGCAGAAAUUAGAAUGGGAAUGUCUAAAAUUGCUGAUAAUGUUCAAAAAUUAUUAGAUAAAUUUCAUGUACUCGAACUCCAAAACGCUACUUCUCCAAGCAAUGACAAAGCUCUUGAAACAUCAUUGAGAAUGUUACUAGCGCUGAAUUCAAAUAAAAGUAAUGAAAUAGUUCAUGAAGCUGUAAAUACAGAUGGAAAUUCUAAAACCAAAGAUGACUUACAUUUAGAAAAAAUAAAAUCGCUGGAAGAUGCAUUAAGGAUUACAAAAAAUUCAUUAGAAGAUAGUUUAAAUAAAUUGAAGCAAACAGAAGUAGAUAAAAAAGAAUUUGAUAGAGAAAAAAUAGAACUGAAAGAAAAAAUUCAUAAGUUAGAAUCAUCACUAUAUGAGUCACAUGAUAAACUGCAGAAAUCACUAAUAGACAUAAAAACUACUAAUGAUAAUUUAAUACAAUGCCAAAAAGAUUAUGCAAAAUUAGAAGCAAAAAUGAUUACUUUAGAAGCUGAAAAUAAAGUUUUAAAAAAAAAUACUAAUUCUAAAAAUAAAAUUUCCAUUCAUGAAGACCAUGAAAAAGCAACAGAAGUAAAACUCAUUAUGAACAAAAUGUAUCAGACGUUAAUAUCCCAAUUUACGGAAGAUUCUUAUCAAACUGAUUAUAUAAAAAAAACUAUUGCUAAUACAAUGAGAGCGAUAACAUUACAAUGUUUGAAAGAAAAAAAUAAUCAAGUAGAAAAGCUUUCUGAUGUAGAAACAAAAGAUAUUAAGGCUGAUGAAACAUUAACGAUUGAAAAUUCCAAAACUACUGAGGCAGAAGAAACCAUUUUUUUACCUGCUCUUGAUAGAUCUUUCGAUCCAGAAGAAGAUAUUGGAGAUGGUCAAAAACCACCUCCAAUACCUCCAAUAGAUCUAGAUGUUGACAACGAUUGGCUUCCAUAAUUUUAAAAUAAUUUAACUUGGAUCAAAUAGAUCUACUUAAAUUAACUUGCAAUAAUCUUAAUGAACAUUAAUGAAAAAUUAUAAAAGCAUUUAAUUAUGACAAUUGAAGUAAAUAAAAUAUUUUAAUAGAAUGACGAUUACUUAUUCAUCACCCGGUAUAUACACCAAAUGAAGAACCAAUAACAAAAGAAAAAUUUUCUCUCAAUUGUGUAGAGUGCGCCCUGAAUCGUUUGUGUAAAAAAUAAUUGCUGAUAAAUUUGUUUUGUAUGAAUAAUUUUUUUUCAAGUUGGUGAUUUAAUAAUUUUUAAAAAGUCUCAAACAAUACGCCGAUAAUGAACAUCAAAUUCAUAAAUAAGGCACAUGUUUAAGUUCAAGUUAUGGAAAAAUUAUAACGAAACAAUGGAUACUUUGAAGUUUAAAAUUGAUUUCAAGUGAAUGUUUUUGCUAAUUUAUCCGGUUCACGAGAAAAAAACUAUUCGUCUGAGCUCACGGUUGACAAUCUUGGCUUCUACCACGCCAAUCAUU